CAAAGUGAAGCUUGAGCGAGUCCGCUAGUCUAGCAUAAAAAUAGCAUAAGCAUACUAAUCAUCUAAGAUUUAUAUUGUUAGGUCGGUUGAAAGCAAUAAUUAUUUUUGUUAAUGGUCUAUGUAAUUAACGGCCAUUUAAAGUAAAAUGAAUUACUGACAUUACCUAAAUCGAUUCCUGAGACCAUGCACGUUAUGAAAUCGACAUUAUCAGCUCUCCUGAUACCGGUGGUGCUAAGCUCGAUCAGUGUCCGGCGUGCAGGCUGGCUGGACCGCGUGGUCGAGUAUCAGAAGAGACGUUUUGUCGAUGAUCUCAUGAAGCCACCUGUGAAGAUUACUGCUAGAAUAGAAGAAGCACCUCCAGGCUACGUGGACUCCUCGGCCUGGGACUACGACUCCGUCAUGCGCCUGCUGACUCUCAUCAGAGACAGCGAAGGCGCAGCGCCCGUCCGGCUUGCUCUGCGCCGUGCAAUGAAGGACAACAGACGGGUCAUGAAUUGGGAACACCCCAACGAUUUCCACGACGAAAGGGACUCAGGCGAGUACUACCUAUGGGGACCUGACAUUUUCAAAGGCUUGAGUCCAAUAGACGCGCAGAAGAUUAUCAUUGUCUCUAACCCUGUGGAGGCGAAGCUUCCUAGUGCGACAAUCACCGUGUCCUUACUGAGAUCGAUUAUGGAAAGCAGAGCGAAAGAGGGUAGAUCAAUGCCAACAACGAGACUCAAUAUCACCUGGCCAGUGACACCCAAGAGGAGCAUCACUUAUAAAGAAAGUACCAAAACCCCAGAGUCUGAUUCAGCAUCCUCUUCUGCGACCGGUGAAGUAACCACAGCGGCGGGACAGACGAACGAAACUGAAGCCGCGAGCGAAGUUGCAACGCCGGUCAACGGCACCUCCAAUAGUGAAACACAAACUUAGUAGUUAGUGAUGGAUCUUAUUAAAACUUUACCUACUGAGGUCUAAUUUUUGAUUUAAUUAUUCAAAAAAUUCGAUUUUGGAAAAUAUUGUAGUAUUUAUUACACGUGCCGCAAUUCACGAUAAUAGUAUGUAUUAUGAACGUCAUAAAGACGACUGUCACCGUACCCAUGCUAUCUGAAAAACACAAUGUAUAACUAACGAGGCUCAAUCGCAAACUAUACUCCAUGCACAAUCAAACGAUUGUUACCUUUUUUCAGUUA